UCAAAGACAGGCUCAGAGGGGUCAGCAAAAUACAACAGACUCAGACAGACAGAAGGGAACUGUGUGCUUUUUCAGGAGGACAUCAUCCAAGCUAUAUUUUGUUCACUUUACUGUCUCAUUCUGUUUAUCUAAAGAGUUGCACUGUCAGCAGCAAGAACUAAUUGCAGGAUCCAUAUUAGGGACUGAGGUACGAUUCUGAACAACGGCAUCAAUCAAACCUGAACUACAACUAAAAAAAAAAUAACGGCUGCAGGGCACACACAGAACAAUCAGCUGUGCUCAACAAUACCAGGCACAAAUCUAAGCUAACAGCUGGGACAAACCAGAAAUAAUCAACAGCAGAGGCACAAAGCUGAAACAAACAAAGAAAGACAAGAUUAUUCCAAGGGACUUUUCUGUCUUACCUGUGUGAACUGAUUGUGAACUGCAGAACAGUAACGUGAAAAUCAACAGAAUGAAAUUUUUGUGCUUCCUAGCCAUUGUAACCAUUGCUUCUGCUUCAUCCAUGGAGGACAUUCAUAUCCGGACAAGACGAGGAGCAAGAUCAUCUAGAGGUUGCCAAGAUCCAACAACAAUAGAAAGAUAUCAGAAGGGUGAAACAUGGCUGCGUACUGCUGGCCGACGGGUGGAAUACUGCAGAUGUGAGAAGAAUGAAGAACUGCUCUGUCAUUCAGUGCCCGUCUUUAUAUGUAUCAAUAGGAGGUGUUACAAUGGAGGCCAAUGCAAGGAAGCAGUUUAUUCAGACCACUUUGUCUGUCAGUGUCCCAAUGGAUUCAAAGGAAAGUUGUGUGAAAUAGAUGCAACAUCUAAAUGCUAUGAAGGCAGAGGGACUUCCUACAGGGGAACCUGGAGCAUGACAUCUAGUGGGCUAGAGUGUCUGAACUGGGACAAUAAUAUUCUUCGUGACAGCCGUUAUAAUGCCCACCGCCACCUUUCCAUGGAGCUUGGCCUUGGAACCCAUAACUUCUGCAGAAAUCCUGAUAACGACACUAAACCGUGGUGCCACGUCUUGAAAGGCAGUCAGCGGAGCUGGGAGUUUUGCAGUGUCCCCCAGUGCCCAAAGUCUGCAGUACCGGACUGCUACACUGGAAAUGGAAGUGGCUACAGAGGAACUUGGAGCACGUCAGAAUCUGGAACUAACUGCAUCAACUGGAACUCCCAAAUCCUGCGAAAUAAGCCCAGUACGGCAUGGAGCAGGGACUCUCGCCAACUAGGACUUGGGUCUCACAAUUACUGCAGAAACCCUGACAAAGACAGAAAACCUUGGUGCUAUGUCUUUAAAGGAUCAUCACUGACCCAGGAGCAUUGUAACAUCCCCAAAUGUGGUACCUGUGGACAGCGCCAACCUAAACUGCAUCAGUUCCGAAUAAAAGGAGGCCGAAACAUAGACAUCAGCAUGCACCCUUGGCAGGCAGCCAUCUAUGUAUCCCGAAUGAGGGGGCAGGCGUUCCUGUGUGGAGGUACCCUGAUAAACCCCUGCUGGGUCAUCUCAGCUGCUCAUUGCUUUGAAAAGGGACUUCGACCAGACCAGUUAAAAGUGGUGCUAGGACGGACUUAUCGAGUCCAGCCAUCUGAUGAGGAGCAGAAGUUUGAGGUGGAAGAAUACUUCUCACAUGAAGCUUUUAACUCAAUAACCUUUGACAAUGAUAUCGUUUUACUGAAGAUUAAGUCAAGCACUGGGAAAUGUGCACAGGAAGCAUCAUCUAUUCGAACGGUCUGCCUUCCUGAGAAGGGAUUACAGCUUCCAGAUUGGACAGAUUGUGAAGUGUCAGGAUACGGGAAGGAAAAAGAAACUUCAAUUUACUAUUCUGAAAAAUUGAAAGAAGCUAGAGUAAAACUGGUCCCCUACACCCAUUGUAAAGUUGGGGGAGACCAGUAUGGUCCUGCAGUGACAAAAAACAUGAUCUGUGCAGCAGAUAUUGAGGGACAGGAGGAUGCCUGUAAGGGUGAUUCUGGAGGCCCUCUGGUUUGUUCUCAUGAUGGCCGGAUGCACCUGAUAGGAGUUGUCAGCUGGGGUGAAGGCUGUGGAGAAAAGGACAAGCCAGGUGUUUACACAAAGGUGGCAGAAUACCAUGACUGGAUGUACAACAUCAUGAACUCAAAUUAAGAGCAGUGAACAAAGACUUCAGAGGAACUAUACCCGACUUUGUAACUGCAGAGUGAAUUGUACUACUGAUGCUAUCAAGUCUAGCAUUCGCUCAUUAAACAAAGUAACACUGUCUCUAGGUAUGCAUUCCUGUUGGUGCUGUCCUGAGAUAAGUGGAACACUUGGAACUUUAAAAUACCUAACUGGCCAGCAAUCUUCAACAGACUGGCAACCUAGCACAUUCUAUUCUGGCUGCUUUCUUUGACGAAAUUUUGGAUUUUUUUUCCACAAGAUCAUCUUAUCUCACCCGAUGAAGUUUCAUCACUGUUCUUCAAUUUUUUGAGGCAUUAAAAUGGAAAUAUUAGCACCCAAAACUUGAAAUCCAUAAAAAUACUGCAAAUGCAAGUCAGGAACGAGUCGCAUCUCUCAGUGCUUUGCUGUUGCUACGUAAAAGAAGAUAAAGGAUUCUGAGAACCUAGCAUCUAACAAAAGUUGUUUAUCAGUGGACCUGAGUGACUUCCUGUAACUGAGCUAUUGCAGGCCCAGAAAACAUGCUGCAACUUUACUUUUAAGAAGAAAAACAACAUCAAAGCAGUAUGAGGUGGCAUUUUCAGUACAACACAGUAAGCUAACAGCUGCAGUAGAAUUAGAUCUUGGAAAAUUCUUCUUUGUGACUCUCUUCCUCAUCUAGUGAUAUACUGAUGCUUACCCAGCCAUCAACAGUAUAAUCAGAUAUUUGCCUUAGUAGUGUUGUGUACUGCAGUGCAGAAAAAUGCCUUACUUGUGUUUGGAUGCCAGUAUCAGACAAUGCACACGUCAUAAAGUGGGUCUAAACCUCCCUUCCGAGAGCUGAGAGCUUUGAAUGCGGGACUAGAAAUAUAUCUUCUUCUAUGGACUGAAUACCCUACUGUACGUUUACUGCUUUGACAGCUGAAGAAAAAAAAAAUGUGACUUACAAAUUACCAGCUGUACUGCACUAUAAAAAUAAAUCCUGAAGUUACUGUAAUAUGUUCAGAAGUAUUGAAUUAUGUCCAGGAUAUGAGAAUAAAGUUAUGCACCUCACCACUUGUGCACGGAAGAACAUGAAAUACAAAAGUAAAUGAUGUAUGUCAGUAAACAGAUAAUGAGCAUGAAGGCACACCUUACUGAUAUAUUGCAUACUGUAGUAAAGGGGUCUUCAUAGUAACAAAUGUGAGUGCUGCUGGAGUGAAUGUUGCCUACACAACAGCCUUGAAAAGGAGACUUCUUGGGUCCAUCUCACAGGUUUUGUGAUAAAGUGUAACAUGUUUGAUGUCACUUGUUUACUACAAAUUGCCAUAAACAUGCACAACAGAGUCUAAAGUCAUUUUCAAAACGAAUCACUUUGUGUUUGUGAAUCUGAUAUCGUUAUCCUCAAUAUGUACCACCCUUUUUUAAAGGAAUUGAGGGGUGAGAGUCUAACUCAACAUCUGCAGAAUAUUACUACUUGAUAUAUAUAUAUAUAUAUAUAUAUAUA